AUGAUCACAAAGAUGAUUGCCGAUGGCAGAUUCACCGAUAAUACCCUCCCACCAGGAACCACCUCUUCGAAUACUAUCUUCAUCUCUCCACCACUUUCACCUGUCUAUCCGACUCAAUCAACCCAACCACCCUACUAUUCUGCAUCUACACUACCCACUCAAUUCCGAAGAAUCCUCGCCACGACAUUCUUCCCAAACCAAACUAUGAACACAGUCUCCGCACCCAAAGAGACUCUAGACACCACAACAAGAAUCGCGCUCUAUUCCCUAUUCUUCAUCAUAUCAUGCGGCGCGUUCUUCUCCCUCUGCUACUUCCUCCACCACCUUUGCAAAGUCCACGGAAUCAAGCUUCGACAGCGAUAUAAUCACGAAUCUCACGGGGAAUUCGAAGGAUUGAUCACGCGAAGAAUCUACUUUCGCUAUCGCACGUUUGAUGAGACUUCUCCGUAUGAUGCGGAGGAAAAUGGCCGUCCGGGUGCUUCAUCCAGGAGUACCGAGGAGUGUGAAUAUACCAAUCCUGUUAAUGAUACCAAGCCUACCAAAGUCAUCAAUGCGGUCAAUGCGAUUAAGGCUACUAAAGUUGCCGAAGCUGGCAAGGCCGUCAAAGCUAUCAAAGCUAUCAAAGCCACCAAAGCUACCAAAGCUACCAAAGCUACCAAGCCCACCAAACCCACCAAACCCAUCCAAACUACCAAAACGACCGACGGCCAUCACAGCGAGCCCGAACGGGAAAGCGCGCACCCCUCCCACCCAACCACACCCACGCACCGCAAAGUAGUAUUUGCGAACCUCCCACGCCCCAUCCGACGACCACCCACGACCAAAAAACCAGGGGGCCUACAAUUCGCCGCGUCACCCCCUCGACCGCGUCGUGAAAAUCUCGCGAAUCCCCCCAAACGACCACCCACGACCAAAAAACCAGGGGGCCUACAAUUCGCCGCGUCGCCCCCUCGACCGCGUCGACCAAAUCUCCCGAAUCCCCCCAAACGAUUACGCAGUCCUCCGCUCCCGCCGGACUACCUGACCACCUCCAACGCGACCACUGCACCAUUGGGAAUCCCGGGCCAAGAGCCCUCUUCGUGGGUUGCGGGGUUACCUUGGUCAACGGCGGCGGAUGGUCCGCAUAUUGCUGAUGAGGGGAAGAAGCAUAGGGAGAUGGAUCCGGAUGAUGAGAAUUGGGGAGAUAUUGAUCGGAUUAUUAGUGGUGAGCGCGAUCAAUAUGCUAAGGAUAAGAAAGUUCUAGAUGCUGUGAGGAGGAAGGAUAUGGAGAUGGAAAGAGAGAAUGGAUUGGUUCAAUCGCGAGAUGGAUGCGAUGAUUGUUCGACUGAUUCGGAUAGCUUUUGGGCUUAUUAG